AUGUACAUUUUCCUGGGCAUCGGGCAACUGGUCGGCGCUGCCUUCCCGACGCCUCAGUCAGCAGCUACUGAAUACGGAGUACGCUCCAGUGGCGUGCCAACGUCGUGGAUUGCCGUGCUGCUUGAAGCGCGCAACCAUGGUACCCCCGAACACGACAACGAAAUUGAUGGGGAUGUCGCCGUCAUUCCAGCGCUGACGGACCACGCAAUCCUCGACAACUUCCAGGUCUUUCCCUUUGCAGAGCACGAUUCCACCCCCACAACAAUAUCUCGUGGGCAACUAACUUGUCGGCUUUCGUACGACGACGACAAACGCCAGGAGAUGAUGUCGAACGUGAACGUGCGAGAGACCCCGCGAGAGCAUCAACCGAUCUAA